AUCUACCUGGAGGCACUGCUUCAAGGAGGCGCUCCAUGGGGAUUCACGCUGAAAGGCGGACUGGAGCACGGGGAGCCAUUAAUCAUCUCAAAGAUUGAAGAGGGAGGUAAAGCGGACUCCCUGCCUUCCAAGCUGCAGGCUGGUGACGAAGUGGUGAACAUCAAUGAGGUGGAACUGAGCAGCUCCAGGAGAGAGGCCAUCUCCCUGGUUAAAGGGUCCUAUAAGAAGCUGAAGCUCGUCGUCCGCAGAGAGGUGAAGUCCAGGCCAGGCCACACUGGGAGUGGAGUCGGGAAGGCCGUUUCCUCCUUUGAGGUGGUUUCGUGUACAACCCAGGAACGCAAAACCACCUGGUCGGGAGGAGUUAAAUUACGGCUGAAGGCCAGGCGGAGCGAAACUCCAGGCCGACCUCACUCCUGGCAUUCAACCAAACUUGCGGAGAACCAACCCGAUCCCAGCAUGAUGCAAAUAUCUCAGGGUACGCUUGGCACCCCUUGGCAUCAGUCCUACCACUCCAGCUCCUCCACCAGCGAUCUCUCUGGCUAUGAGCAUGGCUAUCUGAGGAGAAGUCCUGACCAGUACAGUUCCCGGGGCAGCAUGGAGAGCUUGGACCACUCCUCCCCUGGCUACCACCCUUGUCACCUGUCCCCGGCCAAAUCCACCAACAGCAUCGACCAGCUCUCCCACCUCCACAGCAAGAGAGACUCUGCCUACAGCUCCUUCUCCACCAACUCUAGCAUCCCUGAGUAUCCUGCUCCUCCGUUCAGCAAGGAGCACUCCUGCUCCACAGACAGCGUGCAGUCCCGAGGUGGCCUGCAGGAGGGGAUGAGGCAAGCUGACAUCAGGUACGUCAAGACAGUCUACGACGCCCAGCGAGGGAUCUCUGAGGAGUAUGAGGUGAAGUCCUCUGCCUUGCUUCCGAGCUGCGAGGCCCGGGCCUUGCUGGACGGUCGCGGCCAUGGCAGGCUCCACGGCUUCAGCCGGCACAACGCAGCUCCCUCCUGGGCGCAGCCAGGCCAGGGCUCCUCGGACAGCAAGAACCAGCCCUCCAAGGGACCUCCAUUGCCUCCCACUCGCAGCGACAGCUACGCAGCCAUCAGGCAUCACGAGAGGCCCAGCUCGUACGCCGGCCUUGAUCUGAACAAGCUUGGUCGAACCCAGCCGAAAGGGGCCUGGCCUCAGCUUGUCAGCACCCUAUCCCAGGGACCGCUGCUGAAAACCCCCUUUGGAGAAGGGCAUCUGCACACCGUGGUGGAGAGGAGCCCAGAGAGCAGCCCCACCGUGAAGCCCAAGCAGAGCUAUUCCCAGCCAGCCCAGCCGGGACAGCCCCUGCUGCCUACUGGUGUCUACCCAGUACCUUCCCCAGAGCCACACUACGCCCAGGUGCCCCAGCCUUCUGCAAGCAAUAAUGGGACACUUUAUCCAGCUCUGGCCAAAGAAAGUGGGUACUCUCCACCUCUUCCAGUCUCUUACGACAAGGCCGUAGCCAGCAGAACUCUGGGCUUUGAUGAAAAUGGAAACCAAAGCACUACAAACAGAUCAACCAUCUUCUACCAGCCCCCAGCAGCCGAGAGAAAGCACGAUGCUGCAGCAAAACUUCUCCAGCAAAAACCUCCUAGCAUGGCAGGCCCAGAAGUCUGCCUGAGCACGUCGAGAAAGGAGGAGUUGUUACCCCCUUACAAGGUGGCACACAGCAACCAAGAGACUGCAAGUACCGCACAGGCCUCCAAACACAGUUUUCAAGCUCCGCAGCCCCAGCCGAGGGAUGCUAGUGAGAGAAAAACCCAUUACCAGCCCAAAGAGGACUGGACGGCUGAAUCCCAGGAGGACAAAAAUGGCAACGCACAGAUAAACGAGAGAGACGCUGCUGCUCACCAGCAGUGGGGUCAUAGCAAGGCCAAGCAGUAUGGCUUCUCCUCCUUGCAGAACAUCCCAGAGAGCUCCCGGAGGCAAAGCAGCUCCGAGCUAAGAGAGAUACAACCAGGCGAGUGUUAUUCCAGCACCAAACUGUCCUUCCUCAACAGCAGCGGUAAAGAGGAGAAGGAUCACAGGGGACAGGGGCACAAACAGCGGAGUGAUGUGGACCCACAGGCCUUUGCAAGGCAGGAGGAGGAGGGCACGACCGUGACUCCAUUCCACGCUGCUGAGCCAAAGUGCGAAGAGCCCCCUUCUCCGCAGCACCCGAAGACCUCUGAUUUCGGGAGGAACCGGCUCAGCUCUAGCAGCGCCCAAAGCUUUCCCUAUGGCAAACCAGAUGCCGGCAAGCCCCGCUGCUCGGUGCUGGAGAAGGUCAGCAAGUUUGAGCAGCGAGAGCAAAGCACUCAGCGGCCCCCGAGUGCUGGCGUUCCCAGCUUCGGCCAGCACUAUGGGCCCAGCAGGACGAGCCAGCCCUCCAGCACAAGGUGCUCUCUGAACAGCCUGGAGGACAUGAAGAGCAAGCUCCGCGAGCCCAACCAGCUGCCCAGUGAGCCAGGCAGGGUCUCCAGCCCCUCUGUCAGGAACGGGAAGCUGGAAGAGGCAGACUGGCGCCCCGUAGAGCUGCAGAUGGUGGCUUCGGCAAAGCAGGCGAGACCUGGCGAAUACUACAGCCUAUGUCCUGAAAGUGAGGCGCAAAUAAGAGCGGCUCAGCUACCGAGGAGUAAAAGCACGUUCCAGCUGGGAGGUGAGCCUGAGAAGGAGAUCCUCUGGAAGGAUAACGUCCAGGAUGCCCACGGGUCGCAGCUGGACACACCGUUUAACAGGGCCUACAGGAACAGCAUUAAAGAUGCUCAGUCCAGGGUGCUGAGGGCCACUUCCUUCCGUCGCAUCAGCCCUCCAUUUGGAAGCACACCCAAGAGGACAACCCAGAGGCCUGCCUCGGCCCACGUGGGCAUGAGGAGCAUGGCAGCGUCUCCCCACACCCCAAAGGAGAGGCACAGCGUCACGCCGACAGAAGGCAGCCUCUCCGCCCUGGACUACGCCAAGACACAGCAUGUUUUGCGUAUCGGGGGCCGAAAGCGGCUGACGGCAGAGCAGAAGAAGCGGUCUUACUCAGAGCCGGAGAAGAUGAAUGAGGUGGGCAUCUCUGAUGGGGAGCCAUCGCCUUUCUCCUUCCAGAAGAAAAGCAUCCAUUUUGUCUUCCCAGAGAAUACGGUGGCUGACCGGCGUAAGAUCUUUGAAAGGGAUGGCAAAGCUUCUUCCACAGCCAGCCUCUCCAAGCCGGAGCUCAAGCAACUCCAGCAGAACGCCCUCGCCGAGUACAUCGAGCGCAAAACAGGGAGACGGCCAUCCUCGCAAGAUGUUGGGCUGCUGAGGGAGCGCUCCCACAGCUCCUACCUACAGGCAGGUGGCCCAGACAGCCAGAGCCUUUCAUCCGCCUCCAGCAUGAAUUCCCUCCAGGACCAGAACCUUUACCGCAGGAGAGAGCCUGUAGAGCGGAUAUCCAGGACGAGGCGGAUAUCUUCUACCCUACCUCCUGGGUUGAUGAGCUGCUCUGACACGAGUGGAGAUGAGAAGAAAGGGCGCCAGGACAGCUUGGUCACGAGCCGACCGAAAACAGAGAGGUGCCGGGAUUACAGAGCCAAAACGGAGCUCACCAAAGGCACGCAGACAGACCCUCUGGGCAUGCAGGGCCGGCCUUGCUACGAGAAGCAGGAGCAGGUCUUUGAAACGGCCUCCUCUGCCAGGAAAUCUGGGAAAUCAGUGUCUGUGGAAGACUUGCUCGAUAGGUAUGACAAUCAGACAGUCCCUGUGCAUAUACGUUCCAGAUCGUCUCCCACGGCAGAUAAGAAACACCAGGACCUGCUGAGAAGGGAAAGCAGUGAAUUUAGCACCAUGGCGAGAGAUCCUUUCUACGUGGUCGGCGCAGGAGCCAGGUCUUUCAGCAAGCAAGAAAGAAGCCACUCAGAAAAAACGGCGUUCACACGUUAUUAUCCCCACCCUCACCACAGCAGCGAGGCUGUCACCGGGUCCACCAUGCUGACAGAGAACCACAAGCUCUCAGAACUUUCCAGGCCAGAAAGCAGGACUUCUGCAUUUGUCCCAUCCCCAACAGAGGCAAGGAGUCACUAUCCUGAGCAAAAGCAAGGCUUUAAACCCUUGUUCCUUAACCUUACUCCUUCUGGAUCUGGCCAGUCCUCCCCUAGUACGCCCACUCAGACUCCCUCAGACUUCCAGAGUGCGGGUGAUGACCAGGCUCUGAGACAGCACCAGGCCAAACGAGAUGCUAUCCCCCCUGAGGGCAAUAGUAACAUUCAGGUACAGCCUUUGGACGCUGUCCAGGAUAGAUCCCCUGAGACUCCCACGGAUGAAAUGAUGUGGAGAAGGAAAGCCGGGCUGCUUCACAGAUCGCUCCCACCCAAAGUGGUGUGGGCUCAUUCGGUCAAAGACAACAGCUACCCAAGGGCUAUGGUAUCUCCCCCAGCGGCUGGGCCAAAGUUCUCCCAGAGGUGGCAGUCCCUGCUGACACAGAGCAGCACUUCUUCUGACCCAGAAACUCCUUCUCCCCAGGGGACAACUCAUCUCCGGAUCUCGGAGUCGGGCCUGCAGCUCACGCCCCCACCAUCGCUGCAGGACGAUGAAGACGACGAGGUGUUUGUCAUGCCUUCCCAGCCCAGUGUCGUCGCUCCAGCCUUCUCACCCCCACUGCCAUCCCGUCCUCUUCCCGCGCUGAGCUCCUGCACUUCUGCAAACGGCACGGAAGAAUUCCCACCUCCUCCCCCACCGGAGGAAUUCCCACCUCCUCCCCCACCGGCGGUGCUUGAGGGGAAUGGGGCAGCUGGAGACAAAUCCACCAGGCUCACAGAGGAGGCCAAAGUGAGCAGCUUCAAAAGCUUUCCCAAAGCGCUGGCUGAGAGGGAGGUAACAGAGUUGGGCACUGGUAUCGGUGAAAAUAAUUCGCCCCUCUCCCCACCUGCAUCAAAGAGGACUAGCUCUCCGUCUGCUGUGGAUAAGCAGCACCAGUUACCUGCUUCUUCUGAAGGGCCUCAAAGCACUGAUAGACAGCCCAUAACUCAACCUGAAGGCAACCAUAGAGAGCCAGCAGUCGUCACCGGAGAGUCAGAAAACGGCAACCUGGACUCUGGGACACCUCCAGUCAAGACAAAGCAAAAGACCCCAGAGGAUAUUAAGUCAGAGGCUCUAGCAAAAGAAAUUGUCCAUAAAGACAAGUCUCUGGCUGAUAUCCUGGAUCCAGAUUCCAAAAUGAAGACAACCAUGGACUUAAUGGAAGGGCUUUUCCCCAGCGGAACCAGCUUGCUGAAGGAGAACAACAUGAAAAGGAAGAUGACGCAGAAGCAAGCUAGCAGGGCGGCAGUGGAAGAGGACACGAGAGAAGAAAAGGAAGCUCCUGUAACCCUGGUCACCUGCCCUGCUUAUUACAGCGUUUCAGCACCCAAAGCAGAACUGCUGAAUAAAAUUAAGGACUUGCCAGAAGAAGUAGGUGAGGAAGAGGAGCUGCUGGACAUCAAUGAGAAGAAGGCUGAGCUCAUCGGGAGCUUGACCCACAAACUGGAAAUCCUGAAGGAAGCCAAGGAGAGCCUCCUUGCAGACAUUAAGAUGAACAAUGCUCUUGGAGAGGAGGUGGAGCUGUUGAUCAGCAAGCUGUGCAAACCUAACGAGUUUGACAAGUACAAGAUGUUCAUUGGUGAUUUGGAUAAGGUGGUGAACCUCUUGCUCUCCCUCUCGGGACGCCUGGCCCGCGUAGAGAACGUUCUGAGUAGUCUGGGGGAAGACGCCAACAGUGAAGAGCGGAGUUCGCUGAACGAGAAGAGGAAACUGCUGGCUGGCCAGCACGAAGAUGCCCGGGAACUGAAGGAAAACCUUGACCGUCGAGAACGGGUUGUCUUGGAGAUCCUGGGCAACUACCUCUCCGAGGAACAGCUCCAGGAUUACCAGCACUUUGUAAAGAUGAAGUCCGCGCUCCUCAUAGAGCAGCGAGAGCUGGACGAUAAAAUCAAACUGGGUCAGGAACAGCUCAAGUGCCUGAUGGAAAGCCUUCCCACAGACUUCACGCCCAGGGAUGCAACGGCAGCAGCUGCCCUAGCUGCAGCACUUGCUACCUCCGCUGGGGUCGAUGGUAAAACACCUCCAGCAGUCUCUUCCUCACUCUAACCUUUCCCAGGCGGACCCGGGAUGAAGUCCUCCUGCUCGAGUCUUUUUAAUCCGCGUACUUGGCAGAUGGUUCUCUACAAAGACAAUGAAUGGAGACAGGUUUAAAACAAGCUUUUAAUGAAGGAAAAAAAAAUAGCAAUAAUAAAGGUUUUAUUUUCCUUUCCUUCCACCUCUGCUUCCUGGAAACUUAUAUCAAUACGGAGGGAAAUCUCCUCCUGCCAGAGAUGAGGCAAAGUCUCAUGAGAAAUAAACGCAUUACCUUUAAUAAAAAACACGACCUCCUCUCUUCCCUCCCUUUCCUGCCUCCCUGGCACCUCAUUAAACAAUGAAGGAUCUAUAAGAAUGAAGCCUUAAAAAUAAAACCAACCCAUUCUACUGAACAUUAUUGAUAUUUAUAUUUUUUAAAGAACAAGACGGAAUGUGUAAGUUUUUGUACAUACUCUAAUCAGUUACUUGAUUCUACUUUGUUCUGUAUGUAGAAAAGACAUUUAAUUUUGUAUUUUGUGAAAACCUUAACAAAAAGAGGGAACCCCAAAGAUAGUUACGCAUUAGCUUGCAACAUCUCUUAGUGGUUUUGUUGCUGUUGUUGUUGUUGUUUUUUAAUAUAAUAAAAGGCUACCA